UGGGAGAACUUUUUUUUUAAAAGUGUUGGACAUUUUUGACGGAGCCGUGACUUAAAGCUGGGAAGUUAGCCUGUAAGAAUUAGUAGGUGAGAACUUUUCGAAGCCCUCGCUCGCGAUCCGGUCGGCCCAUGAAGGACUCGCUCGCGUCCACGCUUCUGUAAGAAUACACGCGCGCAGGUAUGUCACUGGACUCCGAUAAUUAACAAAUUCUUUUUUUCAUGCCGGCGUGCCGUGGCUUUAGUGAGACAGAGAAUUUUCCCAAGUUUGGUUCCCACCUUAACCCUCGGGGGGAAUUCAGAAGGGAGGUAUCUUAAUUGCCAGGGUGAAUGUAGUUUGACUUGAUUUACAAUCCGGUGUUUACAGUAAUCAAGGCUCCGGCAACUAACAGAACACAGACUCUUCAAUCUCUUUCUUCGUCCCGUAUAUUUGAUUUUAUUUUAUUCGGAUUUUUCCCCCGGCGUUUAAAGAUGUACAGCAUGAUGGAACAUGAGAUAAAAUCGACAGGACCCCCGCCACCCCAUCAACACGGAUCUGGGAUGUCCCCAGUUGGAAACGGCGUGGGGGCCACUCACCCUGGGACCAAGGGGACGUGUCCCCCAGGCGGAGACCCCAUGGACAAAGUAAAGCGACCUAUGAAUGCCUUCAUGGUUUGGUCCCGUGGCCAGAGACGCAAGAUGGCACAGGAGAACCCCAAAAUGCACAACUCGGAGAUAAGCAAAAGACUUGGUGCCGAGUGGAAGCUUUUAACAGACGCGGAGAAGCGGCCAUUUAUCGACGAAGCCAAGCGGCUGCGAGCACUACACAUGAAGGAGUAUCCCGACUACAAAUACAAACCCCGGCGCAAGAACAAGCCGCUCCUGAAGAAGGACAACGCCGCCGGCAAAUACCCGCUCUCCGCCGGCAAUCUUCUGGCUGCGGCGGCGGCUGCGCAAGGACCCGGGGGGAGCCCUCGCAUGGACAGCUACGGAUGGGGCCCCACUGGGGGGUACGCGGGCAUGCAGAGUGAGGCGCUGGGUUACACUCAGCAGCUGCACCGAUAUGACCUGUCAGCUCUGCAGUACCCCCCUGGCAUGGCCCCCUCGCAGACCUACAUGAACGGCGCUAAUUCUUACAGCUCCAUGUCAUAUGGAGGGAGUGCCCAGCAAGCCAGCUCUGUGAUGUCAAUGGUCAAACCUGAGCCAGUGUCACACUCUCCAACUGGGGCCCCUAGCCACCACCGAGGGGGUCUGCAAGGAGACCUGCGUGACAUGAUCAGCAUGUACAUCCCCAGCAAUGACACAGCCGACCCAUCUGGACAAAGAGGCUACGCCAGCGUCCAGCAACAUUACCUCAAUGGGACUGUGCCCUUGACGCACAUCUGACCACUCUCACCCUGGAAGUAACCUGGAAGAAAGAGAGAGAAACAAAUGGAAAGACUUCUCUGUACAGAACGUAUGAAGGAGCACUGUAAAUAGUCUACUUUUUAUUUUUGGAAACAGUACAAACCUUUUUUUCCUUGGUUUAAGGAAAACCCACAUUUUGUGUAAUAAUAAAAAAUAUUAAUGAUAAUAAUAAUAAUAUUAAUGAUGACCAUAAUAAUAAUAACAAUCAUAAUUAAAAGGACAUACUUUUGAAAGACAAAAACACUCAACCCUUUUUAAAAAUUAAGGAAUAAAAAAUUUAAUUUCCCAGUAAAUGUUUCUUUGGUACCAUGUCCUCUCCAGCCUUUAGAAAACUAGACAAAUAAAACUGAACACUAGGAGCAAGUGGAGAAGGAAGUGAAGCCAAACUAACAGCAGAGAACUGAUGCAAAACAUGUAUAUACCAUGCCAAAGGGAAUAGAUGUAGAAAUGCGGCUUGAACUCCUCUUUAUAUUCAUAAAUUCUAACUGCCUCUCAGUUCCAUAGCUGCAAGAACUUGUUGCUCCCAUGCACAUUAGAAAUUUGUGCGAGGAUGUUACAUUAUGGACAUUGCAUUCCCAACAGGUCCUUUUUGGUUGGAGGCUUCUGAGAUGCACUAAUGGAAACAGAACACUCCAUUCUAGAUCCUGGGGUGAGAGUGUGAAUGGAAAACUGCAGGGUCUCAUCCUACAGAGGACAUCAUAAUGUGUGUGUACUUAUUGGUACUUAUACGCAGUAAGUGAGGAGAAGGGCAAGCACUGUGUGAUGGCAUGUCGGAUCAAGCAUGUCAGGGCUGAAUACUUUAGAUACAAAUACAUGCAGUGUAUGC